GAACAAGGCCGCUGUUGAGCCUAUUUUGGUCAGUGCUGUAGAAGUGGAUAUAAGUUGGUCGAAAGAAAGUCGAUUCAUUUUAUUUUUGCGGUCAAUGUAGUGUUCAAAUUCCGAUUAGAAAAGAACUAGGAAGUCAAUGUGAGAUACUUUUGACGAGUCUGGAGGAGCUUAUGAAAAUAUUUCACGAUGAAAGCCGAGGUGUCCACAGCUGUGAACUUUAUUUCCACUUUAUUGAGAGGAACACGACUUCUGUCUGAAGAACAACUCCAACACUUCAGCCAUUCUUUGGAAGAGGCUUUAGGAGAGCAUUAUCAGCAUCAUUGGUUCCCUGACGCACCAUUUAGAGGUUCAGGAUAUCGCUGUAUCCGGAUAAAUCACAAGAUGGACCCGCUUUUAGGGAAGGUCGCUCAUGCCAUCGGCCUCAGCAAGGAGCAGCUUUUUUCCCUAUUGCCCAGUGAGCUUACAAUGUGGGUUGAUCCAUAUGAAGUGUCCUAUCGUAUAGGAGAGCAUGGGUCCAUAUGCGUACUGUACGAGUCUACGCCACUGCAGCCAGAGACUCAUCUGAACACCGUGGACAGCUGCAAAGAAGAACUCGGUCACUCGAACCAAUCCAAAUCCUGCACUGUGAUGACUGUCUCCAGCUAAUGUCUCUGCACAUUUGGCUCACAUUUAUUUUACAUUAAAAAUGUUUUUAAAGACUGAGAAAAGUUGAUAUAUUUUGAUACAGUGCUUGUUUUUAAAACCUGUAAAAAUGUGUACAUGUUUUAUACUUUUGAAUAAAGAUGAUGCUUCGG